UGAAACCACUGCGAUUGAUUUUGUCCGCUUUUCUUUUCCGAAGCCAACAGCAGAACAAUUCGUUUCGCACAUGAUCCGGUCAUUCUCGACUAAGCACCUAUUUGCUUGAGUGUUAUUUUCGGAAUUGCGCUCGCGAUUCUCCCAUUACAGUUUCUGAUUCAACCACGACUAGCUAUCGCGCUUCCUCUCUUGAGUGUUAUCGCAGUUGUAAGUAAUUCGACAUCUUCUAUAAUUUUCAAAAAUACUCUAUUGCUUCAUCAUAUCAUCCAUUCAUCACAAUCUUCAAGUUCAAGAUCAUCAGUACUAGUGUCAGCUACGACAAAGAUGACUCCGCCUCGUAGGGCUCUACACCUUGUUGCUUUUGUCCUCUCCGGUUCGUCUUUAUGCGAAGCCGGGGAUGUCGCCGUUUGCCAAGGCGAAGGACCUCGAUAUGGCGACUUCAAGUGCAAUCAUGACGGAACACACAGGGUCUGUGCGACACUCGUCAAAAACAAUACUGCGACAGUGGAAGUUAAGUACGAAUCUGCAUAUGAUUGUUCAAGAACUAGCUAUAUGACUUCCAAAAAUUCGUUCAUCGUGCCGGCAGGUUGCAACUACUACAUUGCUGUGCGCCAUUUCAUCUACUUAAUCCGACCAAUAAUAUUUCAGUUACUUAUUGAGUCAACCUGAUCGUAGUCCCUUUUUCCUUGUCCUUCGAUUUGACAACCUAUCCGUUUUCAUGUGCUCAAGUACACGCAACACUGCUUGCGAGCCGCUUGCAUGGGACAAUGGCCGUAACUUCUGGGAGAUCACUGGGCAAGCACGGUGGCAGUGGAACGAUAAAAUCUGUUCGGCGCCGAAUCCAGGCACCAAUUGGUGCAUAUGCAUGUGGGCUUUUGCGCGUCUCAUUAAGGCUACAGAUUACUGAUCUUGCUCCACGCGGACUUGUAUGUGAGGAGUAUUAACCUGGAGCAGCAGAUGAUCUUUGGUAGUUACAACUUGCAGAGAAGCAUCGAAAAUCGUCGUGGCUACUUUUGGUUAUACUUGAUAGUCUAUCCCUCGGUGUUCUUGCUCUUGUUUCGAGAAGGUACAAGUCGGCUGCAGCAACCUCAAAGCCAUUAGAUAGGAUGGGUCACGAUCGAGGUAACAUGACAUGGUAUGACAUAAUCUUCUUCUAAUUUAUUUCGAGUAAUUACAUACUGUUUGUCUGGUGGAAAAAUGCGCCAUACAAGAUGCUCACAUCUCUGGUGUCGGUCCUAGAUAAAGAAUAUUUCCGGUCCAGCUCUAAUCUGAUUGACGAAGUUGGAUGUGAUAAUACGCAUAUUGACUGCGCAGGAACGGAUGUUGACUUCGUUCUGGCGCAAUACCGGGAUGGCAGUGUCAAGCUGGGAACGGCUCACACGUGCCUGCGGGAAAAAUGCAGGAGCGGUGGCGUCGCGAAACAAAUCCAAACAGACCUUUGAGAUGAGUGCUCAAUCUCAGUCUGGUGAUUUUUGAGUAUGAUGUCUUACUGUCUUACUACUUGAAUAUAAUUGGUAAUUGAUUCAUCGUUUGCGUUUCACUCUUAUUGAAUAUAUUUUUGCCGGGGGGGUGUAUCUCGAAUAUUUCAUCAUGAAAUUGUCGCACUUUCUGUGAAGGCAAUUAUAUGCAGCUUUCAGAUUGGACGAAAGAAAGAUGGCGCGAGCGCCCAUGCAGUGUGCAGAGUUGCGAUACGUGAUGAUGGGGAUAUGUUUACUUCAUGAUACGGUACCAAUUGCUCUGUGAAGUAAACGAAAAUCAAGUGGGUAUCGUCCUAUCAAAACCAAAG